CCUUCCGCUUUAGCGGAGGCACCGGAGCUAUGGCUCCUGUAUCCUCUGGGCGAGUUCGGCGUCGAGCUCGGGGCUCUAAGCGGGCCGACGCGCGGGCCCGCUCGGCCGAGGACUGGUGGUGGGACAGGCUGGCACCUCGCGGCUCUGGGUACCACCUGCAGCAAGCGGACAGCAUGCUGCUCGUGCUGCCGGACCUGGAACCUACCCGCGCUCGUGCGCACAGGCGCGCCCCUCGCCGCGCUCCGAGACCCCCGACUCGCGGUCCCACGGCGGCUGCCAAGCACAGGGCCAAGCCCCGGCCUGAGCCGUCGCCGGAUCAGGGCCCGGACUCCGGCUGGGGAGACCGUAUUCCCUUAGAAGUCCUGGUGCAUAUUUUCGGGUUGUUGGUUGCGGCUCAUGGGCCCAUGCCGUUUCUUGGCAGGGCUGCACGCGUUUGCCGCCGCUGGCAUGAAGCCACCUCCCAUCCUGCACUCUGGCACACUGUGACUCUGUCACCCCCGCUGGUUGGCCGGGCUGCCAAGGGCAACCUUAAAGCAGAGAAGAAGCUCCUUGCUUCCCUGGAGUGGCUCAUACCCAAUCGGUUCUCACAGCUCCAGAGGUUGACCCUCAUCCAUUGGAAGUCUCAAGUACACCCAGUGUUGGAGCUGGUUAGCAAGUUCUGUCCUCGGCUUACCUUCCUCAAGCUUUCAGACUGCCACAGCGUGACCGCUGACACGCUGGUCAUGUUAGCUAAAGCCUGCUGCCAGCUCCACAGCCUGGACCUACACCAUUCCAUGGUAGAGUCUACAGCUGUGGUGAGCUUCUUGGAGGAAGCAGGGUCCCGAAUGCGGAAGCUGUGGCUGACCUACAGUUCCCAGACUACAGCCAUCUUGGGUGCGCUGCUGUGUGUUCCCCCACCCAUUACAGGGCAGCUGCUGCCCCCAGCUCCAAGUCCUGGAGGUCAGCACUGGCAUGAACUGCAACAGCACACCCCUGCAGCUGCCUGUGGAGGCUCUGCAGAAAGGCUGCCCCCAGUUACAGGUAUCUAUGCUCUGCCUUCUCCCACUUGCCACUUGGCAACGUGUCUGCAGCCUGCCCCUCCUCCCCACUCACAGGUGCUACGACUGCUGAACCUGAUUUGGCUUCCCAAGCCUUGUGGACGAGGGGUGCCCCAAGGACCAGGCUUCCCCAGCCUUGAGGAGCUCUGCCUGGCUGGCUCCACCUGCAACUUUGUGAGCAAUGAGGUUCUGGGCCGCUUGCUCCAUUGCUCCCCCAAACUGCGCCUGCUGGAUCUUCGAGGCUGUGCUCGGAUCACGCCCACUGGCCUGUGUGAUUUACCAUGUCAAGAGCUGGAGCAACUCUACCUGGGCCUGUAUGGCAUGUCUGACGGCUUGACUCUGGCUAAGAAAGGCAGCCCCCUGUUGACCCGGAAGUGGUAUCACACCCUGAGGGAGCUGGACUUCAGUGGCCAGGGCUUCAGCGAGAAAGACCUGGAACAGGCCCUAGCCGUUUUCUCUGGCACCUCUGGGGACUUACACCCAGCCUUGUGCUCCCUCAACCUAAGGGGUACCCGAGUCACACCAAGCACAGUCAGUUCUGUGAUUAGCAGUUGCCCGGGGCUGCUGUAUCUCAAUCUGGAGUCCUGCCGGUGCCUCCCCAGGGGUCUGAAGCGUGCUUACCGGGGCCUGGAGGAAGUCCAGUGGUGCCUAGAACAGCUACUUACAAACCCACUAGUCUCCAGAUAGUCCACUUAACUCAGACACCUGCCAGCCUUUUCCCUGCCCCUUGUCACUUGGAAAUGUUUGAGCUUUUGUUACAAUAAAGUAUUUUUAAGCAUU